GCUACCGGUUGCUGAACACCCCGCCACAACGUGGAUUUUCCCGGAAAAUUACCGUUCACCGUUCCCUCGUCCAAUCUUCAACUCAUCUUCUAUAGUAGACCGUUCGGCUAGCAUUCCAACUUUCUCGACAAGGAUCUCACUGGGACGCGUCGGACUUGGAGGAAGUGACUCGAUCGUGUAUUGAGAUAGGCUCGGCCCGUUUGCCCCAAGGCGUCUCGAUCAACUCAUGUCUGUCGCGUGAAGCACGGUGGAGGUAGUCCAGCUAUGGAGGUCGACCCUGUUGCUGGACCAUCCGUGGCUCAGGAGAUUCAAAAUGCCAGUUCUGGCCAUGUAGAUGGAAUUGCUACGGUAGCCCUUGCUCCGAAAACCCCGGCAAAGACCACAGCAACCUCGCGUCGAUCUCUCGGUCGAGGGCCUCUACCUACUCGAACGUUGCGAGCCCGACCUUCUGACCCUGUGUCUUAUGCGCCGCCCUCUAGACCAGUACAAAGCUCUGCCAUUACAGCCAGAGAGCCUGACGAGGUCGAAAUUGAGUCAAUUAGACGGAAACUGGGCGAAGAUGGCAUCAAAGAACGUCGCGAAGAGCUGAUCAAGGAGAAGGAGGCGAUCGUGAAGCAGGUCGUGGAGAGUCACGAUGCUGCAGUGAGGGAGAAAUUUCACUUGGAGCGCUAUAUAAGUCUAUUGGAGGGAUAUGAUCCAGAGUUCAUAAAGAGCGACAAUUCGCCAGUCUUCUUAGAAUACGCAAGGAACAAUUAUGAUCUACUCAGUCUCCUGCCCCUCGAUCCAACCACUCAGGUAGCUGGACCCUCGAAGCGGCCACGCUCGAGUUUGCCUGCACGGCAAACCCGCCGGCAAGCCCAUGAACAGUCUGAGCUUCUGGCACACGUUGUGAGCACUCCGGUCAAUGGAGCCGAAAAGGCAUCAUCCAGGGGCAAGGAGAAAGCGAGGGGGACCCCCGAUGUGAAGGGAAAGGGCAAAGCGAAAGCUGUGGUUGAGGAACAGGAGCCUAUACCUGUGGAGCCCGACGCCAAGGUCAUUGCCGUGACACACACUGGCAAGAGGAAGGGGAGGGCAAGCAUUCUGGUGGAUUCCGACAUCGAGGCCUCUCCGGUACCUUUCAAGGGGAAGAAGACGAGAGCUUCAUUGCUGUCUGAGCAGAUCCUCGCUGAACGACUCAAGGAAGAAUCCGUACCGCCCAGCACCUCCCAAGAUACAUCUGCUCCAGCGACUCCUCGUCCACCGUCCGAGCCUCCGGAGCCACCGCGACCUCCGACUCCAUUGCCAUCACUAGCUCAUAUCCCGUUCCCUCCAGCUCCUCUUCGACCCAAAGAGCGUAUCUUUGGACCUCGCGAACCAUGGUACACUAUGCCAAUACACAAACCCCCGCCGCCCAAAUUUGGAGGAGACAUCGCACCGAUCAUGGAUUCUUAUAUUCACAUUGAGGACACGAAUACACCGCCUCUGAAGGUUCUGGAGCAGCAAGCGGCUCGUGACGGGUACCUUGUCAAUCGGGUGAAUUGGUUGCAGCAUCAAGGUCGGCUCGGAAGACUACUGGAAGAAUCUGGACACACGCUCAAGACUCGGCCGCCUGCUUUGCCACCUCGCAAGACCGACUUCCGAGACUCUCUGAUGGCGCAUAUGGUACAAGUGCGGAAUGCCAUGCUGAAUGAGGCCAAACAGAAACCAGUGGUGGCAAAGCGCAUAGCAAGGAUGAUACAAGCUUACUGGGAACACAUCGAAGGACGUGAGGAGCGGGAAAGAGCCGCCGAGGAAAGGGAAAGGAAGAAGAAGAUGAAGGAUUUGAUUCGAGCGAUGAGGAAGAGAUGGAAUCUGGCUGUCAAGAUCAUUCGAGCUCGAAUUCAAGCUGCGCAAAAGCUUGAGCAGGAUCGCUUGGGAAAAGAACAUCUGCAGAAUAUGCUCCAGCGGAGUACGGGGCUCUUGGAAGCGCAACGGGAUGACAUUGCCGGAGAUCGAGAGGUCGAGGAUGGAGAGGAGGACCAGGGCAGUGCAGACGAGGACAGUGAUGCCGAGACGGAGGAAGUAUCUGCGGCGGAGGAUGAGGAUGAGGAUGAGGACGAGGCGUCCGAUGAUGGUUCCGAUGUGCCAGAAGAGGCUGCAGACUCAGAUGCCGAAGUGGAAGAAGAGGCUGAGGAUGAGGAGGACGAUAAGGACGCCAUACAGACCGACAGCGACACUCCAGUGCCUGGCUUGCGAGAUUUGUUGGCGGACGACGAGGCUCUAGACGGGAUGGAAAUCGAGCAGGAGGAUGUACCUGUUCCGCCAGAACGCAUCGAAGACGUCGACACUGCUCAAGCAGAGACUUCACUGGCAAUCGACACGCCGCUCCUCGAUCUCGACGCGACCGACGUGCGGCCGGGCCAAGUGGAAACCCUAACGACGGCGCAAAUUCAACUACCUCAGCCCGAUGUCAUGUAUAGUCCCCUUGACGGGCGAAGCCACCUUCAGCCACGGUCGUCCUUGUCAGCCUCCCUGCGCACACCCGAUUCGGAAUCUGGGGCUCAGGCGAACGGGACAUCCAGAAAUGAAACAAUUGCUGAGCUCCCUCAAGACCCAGUCGAGCCGACAAUCUCAGCUUCAAUUACGCCGGAUGCCGAGUCCAGAUCGACAAAUGGCACAGCCGACCAUCAGAUCGCUAUACCUAUCCCAGCGGUGUCUACUGAGAUAGCCUUCGCUCUACAGCCACCCUCCAAUCCGCCAGAAAGCGAUGUUAUACAGACUGUCUCCACCUCCGUCAAUGAGGAGAUACUGACCACUGAGGACGAGCCAGUCCUUGCUCGCCCAAGGCGCCAGCGCAAAGCUCUAUCUCACGCUGACUUGUUUAAGACCGAGGAUCCGGAUGCCAAUGACACCGAGUUCGUGGCCGUCGAUAGUGAUGUCGAUCAUCGUGAUGCAGAGAUGGAUGUGGAGAUGGAGGAGGCUGAAGAUGAAGAUGAGGGCGAAGACGAUGAGGAUGCUGGGCUGAUGGCAGACGCGGACUUGCCGAUUGAGGAGCUGUUGAGGAGAUAUGGUUACCCUGUCGAAGCUUUAGGCACCGAGCAGAGCCCUGCGAUUCAGGAAACGGGUCAGAUCAUCACGGACAAAUCACUUCUUGACGAGAACCUCUCUGGCGAGUCUCCCAAACUCAUCGUGGAAGGCAAGCGGCAACGUCGGGUCAGAUCCGUUUGGACGCCAGAGGAAACGCCUCAGCACAUGCCAAGCAAGAGACCAAAGAUUGAAGAAGUCGAGGACCAAUCAGACUAUGAAAUGACUCCGAGCGUGUCCGAGUCCGAAGAGGAGGAAGCGGAGAGUGACGAGGAAGAGGCCAAGAACGAGGACGUCAAUCGUUUGCAGGCGCCGUUCUUGCUACGUGGUACACUGAGACCCUACCAGCAUGCUGGGCUCGAGUGGCUCGCGAGUCUGUAUCAGAAUAAUAUGAACGGUAUCCUGGCCGAUGAAAUGGGCUUAGGCAAAACGAUACAGACAAUCUCACUCCUCGCCCAUCUUGCUUGCGACAAGGGUGUAUGGGGCCAACAUCUUAUCAUUGUCCCCACCUCUGUGAUUCUCAAUUGGGAGAUGGAAUUUAAAAAAUUCUUACCCGGUAUGAAAGUCCUAACUUACUACGGCAAUCAGAAGGAGCGCAAGGACAAGCGUGUGGGCUGGAACACUGAGAACGCCUGGCAAGUGUGUAUCACAAGUUAUCAGAUCGUGCUUGCGGAUCAACACAUUUUCCGACGAAAGAGCUGGGUUUACAUGAUUCUCGAUGAAGCGCACAAUAUCAAGAAUUUCCGGUCACAACGAUGGCAGACUCUACUCGGCUUCAAGGCUCAGCGUCGAUUGCUCCUCACUGGAACUCCGUUGCAGAACAAUCUCAUGGAGCUGUGGAGUUUGCUCUAUUUCCUCAUGCCCAAUGGUGUCACGGCCGAUGCGACGGCUGUCGUUGGAUUCGCCAACCACAAAGAGUUCACAGAGUGGUUCUCUAAUCCCAUGGACAAGGCUGUCGAAUCGGGGGACAUUCUGGAUUCCGAUACGCUCGAAACGGUCGCCAAGUUGCAUACCUUACUCAGACCGUUCAUUCUCCGUCGCUUGAAAUCUGAGGUUGAAACUCAGCUUCCCGGGAAGUUCGAGCACGUCGUCUACUGCAAACUCUCAAAAAGACAACGGUUCCUGUAUGACGAAUUCAUGUCUCGUUCUUCCACCAAAGAAGCACUGACUUCGGGUGGAUACCUCGGCGUCGUCAACACUCUAAUGCAACUGAGAAAAGUAUGUAAUCACCCCGACCUGUUUGAAGUCCGUCCGGUCCGAACCAGUUUCGCCAUGGAACGGUCGGUCUUGGCGGAUUUCGAGCCCAGUGAGAUACUGGUACGGAAGAGGUUGCUCAGGGACAUGGAUUACUUGGAUCAACCAGCAUUCAAAAUCACAGCUUUCGAGAAUGCCUCGUCUUGGACCAUGGAGUCCCGCCGACGCCUCGACGCGAGUGAUUUGCUGCCGCAUGCCAUUGAGCCGGUGAAGAAGGGCAAGUCGGCGCCUACUCCGCCGAUGGAUACUCGAACUGUCGAAGGCUGGCUUCAAUAUAGGUCUUUUUGGGAAGAAACACAGAGCGUCAAUCGCUGGCGAGCCUUGCGUGAUAUCAACAGACGACGAUGUCACAUUCGACCCAUAUACGGCUCUACUCUACUUUCCUUCCUUUCGAAUCUGUCUCGACCGCUCGCGCCAGGUGAUAUGAAUCACCGCUCCCGCCUUGAUUCACUCGAUGACUUUACACCUCCUGCCGCUCGUUUAGUACAUUCGUACGAGGAACGAGCGAAACUUGUUGCUCCCCUGGUGGAUAUCUUUGCUCUCAUGCCCCCGCUCGUCGUCGCGAAGGACAUGACCGAAUAUGCGCUGCCCGGUCUGAAGCCCACAUCUACUCCUGAAUUUCUCGAACCCUCGUUCGACACGCUUCAUCAAGCCAGUGUGAAACUUCAAAUUGCCUUUCCAGACGCUUCUCUCCUGCAGUAUGAUUGUGGGAAAUUGCAAAAGCUCUACGAGAUGCUUCGCGAUCUAAAAGCGGAGGGUCAUCGCGUUCUAAUCUUUACACAGAUGACCCGAGUCCUCGAUAUUCUCGAGACGUUCCUGUCUUACAAUGGUCAUCGGUAUCUGCGACUCGAUGGUUCGACCAAGAUUGAAGAUCGUCAAAUUAUCACUGAACGAUUCAAUUCGGACGCCCGGAUAUUCUGUUUCAUCGCUUCAUCUCGAUCCGGUGGAGUUGGCAUCAAUCUCACCGGAGCGGAUACGGUGUUUUUCUAUGAUUCCGAUUGGAACCCCUCAAUGGAUAGACAAUGCAUGGAUCGAGCUCAUCGGAUCGGCCAAACGAGAGAAGUGCACAUCUAUCGAUUCGUCAGUUCCCACACGGUCGAGGAAAACAUGUUGAAAAAGGCGAACCAAAAGCGACUGUUGGAUCGAGUGGUCAUUCAAGAAGGCGAAUUCACCACGGAUUUCUUUGGGAAAAUGGAUUGGAGAGAUGUCCUCGAUGCUGAAGUGGGCAAUGGCAAGACCGCUGCUGCUGCGGCUGGUGCUGGUGCUCCUCCUGGUGAUGACUUGGAAGACGAAAGGAUACAGGAUAUCGAGGUUGAACCCGAACCCGAAGCUGUCGAUGCAGAAGCGUCGGCACCGAGACUGGGGGAAGAAAGAGCGUUCGCCAAGGCUCUCGCGGAAGUCGAGGAUGAAGAGGAUGCAGCGGCGGCGAGGGUCGCACAGGGAGAAGGAGAAUUGGACUUUGUCGAGUUUGAAGACGCUACGAGGGGCAAAGCUGGCGGGACGACGUCGACCACAACCGCGACUAAGCGGAAUGUCUCGUUUGUGAAUCCCAGAGGAUCUAGUACGCCUUUGGCUUCGGGUCCAAUGGACGGUGAUGAUGCUGCGGACGACGUGAAGGAUGCUGAAGUUGGUGACGAAAAUGAGGAUGAGGAAGAAGAAGAAGAAGAAGACGACGACGACGGAAUAGGAGCGGUGGAUGAGUACAUGUUACGGACGAGGUCGCCGAUGUCAAAUGCCAUGCAUCAUUAUCGCGCGCGCGAAAGCAACGCCGAUCAAGGCUCGGUCACGGACGAUGAUCAUGCUCGCUCUAGCUCGCGCUGCUGCUGCUGCUGAUCUCUGGAUAGCCUGCUGGGUCGACGCUGUGCCACAUCGAUAGAUGGUAUUUCCCGCGGUGCCAAGGGAAAAAAAAGGUUCCGAGUGGCGUCGAGGAGAAGAGCUGGAAUCUACGAUACACAGAUGACGAUGGCGAAGGCAAAAUGUCUGCAAGUCUCAUGGUGGUCUGAUUAGCGUAUCCGAAGCUGAUCACUCUGCUCGAGGGAGAGUCUUCGUGUGCUCGCCGACGAUACAU